ACUCCCUGCCGUUAGCCGUUGUUGUAUCCAAUGCUACUGAACAGAUAUAACGCGAUACUAACUAGCCACAUACUGGCAUUAAAGCCACGAAAAGAUGCGUCUUUACGGGAUUAAAACAAUAAAACAAACAACGAGAAGUCUGGAAAAACUUUGCCCAACUGUGGCCAAACUUUGAUAGACGACAACCCAAAUCACUUCCCUACAGUUUCGUGCGUGUUAGCAUUGUUUUAUCCCACCACUAUUGCCAUUGGACGCGUUUUUUCUUAAGGAGCAGUCUAGUCUGAUGAAUUCACCGAAAAAAGACGGAGAUGAUGAUGUGCCCGUUAAAGACCCGGUAAAAUAUGGCGAAUUGGUCAUUUUGGGGUACAAUGGCUCUCUUCCAAGCGGAGACCGUGGGCGCAGAAAGAGCCGCUUCGCCCUAUACCGAAGGGCCAAGGCCAACGGUGUCAAACCCAGCGCUGUGCACAUCCUCAACACACCACAGGACAGCAAGGCUGUACACAGCAGGGGGCAGCACAGCAUCUCUUUCACUCUGUCCCGUAACCAGACGGUGGUGGUGGAGUACUGCCAUGACAACAACACAGACAUGUUCCAGAUUGGACGCUCCACAGAAAGUCCCAUUGACUUUGUGGUGACAGACACCUCCGGAGGGGGGAAGGAGGGAGAGGACCCCUCCAUCGCUCCCAGCACAAUCUCACGUUUUGCCUGCAGAGUGGUGUGUGAACGCAACCCACCGUACACUGCGCGCAUCUACGCUGCUGGCUUUGAUUCUUCCAAAAAUAUCUUCUUAGGGGAGAAAGCAACCAAAUGGAAAAACCCUGAUGGCCAUAUGGAUGGCCUGACCACCAAUGGGGUGCUGGUGAUGCACCCGGAGGGGUUUCCAGAGGACCCCAAGCAGGGUCUGUGGAGGGAAAUCUCAGUCUGUGGAGAUGUCUAUGCCCUGCGGGAGACACGCUCUGGGCCCAGCCGUGGAAAACUGGCGGAGGGUGAGAGCAGUGCGCUACGUGACGGUUCCCUGGUCGAUCUGUGUGGUGCUACUCUGCUUUGGCGUACCGGUGAGGGGUUGAUGCGUGCUCCCACCCUGCGUCACCUGGAAGCCCUUCGCCAGGAGCUUAAUGCAUCCCGGCCUCAGUGUCCUGUAGGCCUCAGCACACUGGCCUUCCCCAGCCUGCCACGCAGCCACAGCCUUGAAGAGCGUCAGCCCUGGGUCUACCUCACUUGCGGUCAUGUCCACGGACGGCACGACUGGGGCCAGAGAUCCGAGGGAGAAGAGGAGCCAGGAGAGGGCGACGGUUCCACAGCACGACGAGAAUGUCCCCUGUGCAGGAGUGUGGGUCCCUACGUGCCCCUGUGGCUGGGCUGUGAGCCUGCUGUGUACGUGGACGCUGGAGCACCUACUCACAGCUUUGUUCCGUGCGGCCACGUCUGCUCAGAGAGGACAGCCAAGUACUGGGCUGAGACGCCGCUUCCCCACGGGACGCAUGCCUUCAGACCCAUCUGCCCCUUCUGCUCCACUGCCCUCAGCUCCCCCGGCUGGACGCGGCUCAUCUUCCAGGGGCCCAUUGACUAGUCGCCACUCCUCAGCAACCACUAUCACAGUAACAGGAAGAUGCCUGAGCUUCAUUCAUGUUGCAAACAUUGAUCAGUGUUCAGUAUGGAUAGAAAAUUGAUGUUAGAAACAUGUGUGUUCUAUACUUAAGUCACACAUUCUGUACGUAUAAAAAGCACUGUCAGAUGUUUUUUGCUGAAUGCAGCUCAAGGCUGACGAAUCCUUCUCCUUGUUUAUCCUUUGCUGCGUGUUGAUUGGUGUAGGAUCUAGAGAACAGGUGAAAAAAGACAGAAUGAUCAGUACUGUCACGUAGACAGUAUUCACUCUAAUCUUUACAUGGUGUCCAGUCCUCCAUCAUGGAGGGUUCUGCCGCUUUUCAUUCCAGCCAAAAUCUACAUGAGCUGAAUUUACCCACGACUCAACCUUCAGCAAGAAAGGGUUCUCAUAAAUAAAACUGUAUGUACAGAGGAACUUAGAUGAUGCUGCUUGACCCUUUUCAAACAAUUAUUUCCAUUCCAUUAUCAGCUGACACAACCCUCCUUAAAUGCAAUGUGACACGAAACAGACGGAUCCAAGCAUUUAUUAGUUGUCUGUUUCAGAAGCCAUGCAUGAAAUGACAACUAGCUUUUUGCACAUAAAAAUGAAUGGCCUUUUUAAUUAGUUGCACUGUAGCGUCCUACAGUGCCUGUGUGUCCUUACCUCGGGGAAACGCCACCUCUUGCACUUACCUUCACCGCCUCUUAAUUUCUAAAACAUGUUACCGUAAUUGUGAAAUGCUGCCACUUGGUGGUUGUUUUUUCUUUAUUGGUUGUGGCAGCAUUGUCAUCACCAAAAGAAUAUAAACUGCCUAGCCCCUGGUUCUGCAAAAGUAUGGGAGGCUGCAAGGUGAUAUCUUGUGCUCCUGUUCCAUUUCAAGUUUCAAGGGAAUCAUAAAGGGAAAAUACUUAACCACAGUUAAAAUCAGGAUGUGUUUCAUCAUGAUUUUCAUCUUUUAGUGUGAUAUCUAUGCAGAGAGACCCCUUGUGUACUAUUAGGUUGGAAUGAAAACCUGUAGACCCUUUGAUUUUCUAUGAAUAGCUAUAGGAGGAUAAGAGGAUACAUCACCCGCUGUAUCUUCACACCACAAUGACUUCGCCUGUUAAGGCCAAGUGGUAUCCAGAUUAUCCAGCAGACCAAGGAUAAGCAAGGGCUGGGAAUGAAACUGGGUAGAAUCCACUUCAUAACUCUCUACAGCAAUAAAUAACACUCCCAUAGAUAAGCUAGAUGUUGUGCUACAUUUAGCCAAGCGUUAAGUUGGCGUUCACUUCAAACACGGUUGAAAUGGUUUCCAGGUUAAGGGCUCAACCAGAGGCGUGUUCAACAUCAUGAUGUAUUUGAUUUCCAAAUGAGGUCUCAGACCAGUGAUGUGAAGUAUGUGUGAUGUAACCAAAGCGCUAGAUUUUAGAGGUUAGCAACUAAAUCAGUGGUUUAUUUCAGUCCUUGCUUGGGAUGUAUUAGAAGCCGAAACAUGUUGACAGGAAAUUAGCAUGUUUAGGCUGCACACACACAGCAGUUGUUAUGAAAGAACAUACUGUGUUGCUAAUGUUGGGUUAACUUGAACACACUUCUGGUUGCUGAAUUAUGCUAAACAGGGUCCAUGUUAGUAUGGUGGAGUGUCAAAAAGGUUUGACCUUGUAUAACCUCAAUGGAUAACUUUUUGUUUCAAAGAAAACUAUUUUGUUAGUAAAAGGGGAGGGUUUUAUUUGGGGAAGUGGGUGGAAUUCUUUUAGAUGUUCAGUGUUAAAGCAAACAACUAUUUUUCUAACUGAUUUGGUUUUAGUUAACUGUUGUUACGCCAGUGUAAGCAGGUUCUGUAUGUUUCUGAGUAUUAUCGUGUGGUAGAUCUAGGAGAGCUUGUGAAUGAGAAAACAUUGCCAACACUGUGUCCCACAAACACACACUUAACACACUGCUACCGUUAAAAACAACAUUGCCCAGACAAUGAAUGUAGCCAAAUACUCAGGCUAUAUUUAGCCUUCCCUGGUGCUCAUAUUGAAUGGUCUAUAUUGUGAUACUAUUUUUGUAACUGAAUAUUAUGGUGUAGCUUGGUGAACUAGCUCAAAAAAAUGUCAGAUGAUUUCAAUAAUAGCCUCAAGUGUGGAAGACAGAUAAUUGAUAAUACACAGUCACAUGGAAAUAGUGUCUAGCUUGCAUGUGCUGAACGUACACAUACAGUAUGUACACUACACAUACACUUACUCGAAAACUUUGCACGGUUGAUUGCCAGCCUGUUAUUUACGCAGAGAGCGUUUUGUCUUAGACCAAGAUGUCUUCCGAGUCCUCAGCUUUUAAAACUGCAGCAUUUCUGUUGUUGUUGUUUUGUUUCGAAAGACCUCUCCAAAAGGUAAAAAAAACGGAGAAAAAAUAGAGAGCCUAAACAAAAAAAAAUCCUCAUACUUGAUAGAUGUGUGAUGUUUGUGAAUGAGACCUAUCAGAACCCACUUUGUACUACUAUGCUAAUAUUUUCCAUCAAACCAGUUCACUGCUGAAAGCUAUCCAUAUUGACACUAGUUUUUAUUUUGCAUUUAGACAGAUGAUGGAACAUUUCAGGCUAUUGAAAGUCAACCUGCUGCUUUCAAAAUACUGUAUUUUCCUUUUUGAAGUCUAAAUACAAGAUUUAAACUUCCUACAGUGCGGUGGAUAAUUGACGUAGUGUUGAUAAUUGCUGUAGCUCAGGAUUAGUGAUUUCAGAUUCACAGCUGGAAAGGAAGGAAGUUAGUUUCAGCCUCAAGGUUUCAUUAGGUGUGAGAGGGAAUCAUCUAAUGUAAUGGCCAGAUUAUGGAGGGCAUAUAGUAGGGUAGAUCACCACAGGUCUAGGGUCAGUCACAUACGGGUUAUAAUAAAAGGGGUCUGAUGAAAUAGGCACAGACAGGCCAAAUACAUCUCGAUCAGCUGCCCUUUACUAAGCACGCCAAAUCCAGUGAAUUCUGCUUUUGAAGAUAACAUACACAACAAUUAAUGUAACACCAUUGGCAUGUGGAUGGAAGAACCGUUGCAGCACCCUCAUUGGCUUCUAGUCUAUGACCUGACAUAUUUAUUUUAACUGAUUUUUCUUUAGUUUUCCUUUUCUUUGUUGGAGCCCUCUUUGGGUUAUAGUUGUCCAUAUGCAAUUUCCUCUCCUUCUAUUUUUAGAUGUUAGUAUCAGUGAAUUCAGAUAAAGUAUUUUAGCGUGGCAUCAGGUUGUUUAAUACCACCAGUAACAUCAUUCACUCUUCCCUGACUUUGUUUUGGUAUUACAUGUAUCAAUUGACCUUCAUUCCAGAUGGCAAAACCUCAACUUAUGAACUCAUCUUACUGUAGGUGAGUGAGUAGCUGACACAUAUUAUACAGCAUAAAACCUCACAGUUAAUAAUGCAUUCCUUUUAAAUACACCUGUGUUGUGUACAGCUCUUUUGUAUUAUUUUAUAUCAUAUUCUUCUGUAAUCAUUUGGUGCACAGACAAUCGCUAUACACAUGUCAAUAAACCUGUUAAAAAAAGUUGAA